GGAAGGAAGUUUGUGUUUGUCUCGCAGAUGUUCAUUAGGACAAAGAUGAAAGAGAAGCUCUAAUGGAAGACAAGAAAGCCAGCAUAAUCGGGAUCGUCUCAAUCUUAGUCCUUCUCAUCGUCAUCAUCCUCGCCAGAAUCUGUCUGAAACUCUCGAAACCUUUCUUCCUCAUCGUUGGCGUGGACGUGUCGUUGAUCCUCGCGGUGAUCUGUUUUCUUCUGAUCCGAAAUCGGUACAAUAAACAGAGGAAGAUCUUGGAGUCGAGAUUCGUGUCCGAAGGGAGAGAGCUUCGAAUAGAGUACAGUUUCUUGAGAAAAGUCGCCGGAGUUCCCACCAAAUUCAAGCUCGAAGAUCUCGAAGAAGCCACUGAUGGGUUCCGGAUUCGGAUCGGGAAAGGCGGGUCGGGAUCGGUGUUCAAAGGCGUUCUAAGAGAUGGAAUUCAAGUUGCUGUGAAGAGAAUCGAAGGAGAAGCCGAGAAGGGUGAAAGAGAAUUCAGAUCCGAGGUCGCCGCCGUAGCUUCCGUGCAGCACAAGAAUCUCGUCCGGCUUCUCGGGUAUUGCUCUGAUUCUCUUCCUGAACAUCCGAGGUUCCUCAUUUACGAGUAUAUCCCGAAUUCUUCACUCGAUAUCUGGAUUUUCCCGGGGAAAAACACGCAGCUCCCUUGUCCGGUAGAUGGUGGAUGGUUGUCUUGGGACCAAAGGCGUCAAGUUGCUAUAGAUGUAGCAAAGGCUCUUGCUUAUCUUCACCAUGAUUGUCGGUCCAAGAUAUUGCAUCUCGACGUCAAACCCGAAAACAUUCUCCUCGAUGAGAAAUACCGUGCAGUUGUUACAAAAGACGAGAGCAAGGUCAUUACAAACAUUCGAGGCACCCGAGGGUACUUAGCCCCCGAGUGGCUCCUGCAGCAAGGAAUCUCGGAGAAAUCAGACGUUUAUAGCUUCGGGAUCGUGUUACUCGAGAUGAUCGGAGGGCGGAGAAGCAUUAGCAGGAUAGAGAUUGCGGAUGAGAAAGAGGAGAAGAAGAAGAAGUUAGUGUAUUUCCCAAGAAUAGUGAAGGAGAAGAUGAGAGAAGGGAAGAUCAUGGAGAUCGUAGAUCAACGGCUGAGAGAAGCCGGGGAAGUGAACGAACGGCAGGCGACGAAGCUGGUGAAUAUUGCCACUUGGUGUAUACACGAGAAUCCCAAACGCAGGCCGAGCAUGGGAAAUGUGGUUGAGAUGCUUGAAGAUAGGGUUCCGGUGCCAAAUCCGCCGGAUUUCGAUAUGGUUGUAGUCGAUUUUUUGGCCGACGAUGAAACCGCGACGACGAUCCGAAGGGUAAAGAAUAUUCCUCCGUUGGAAAUUCGGAGGGUGAGAUCACAUUUCCGUCUACCAUCCAUUUGCUCUUACUCUAUAUCUCCCAUCUCGGCUCGUUAGCCCUUGUGAAGGACAAACUCCAUUAUAUAUAUAUAUAUAUGUUUCAUUCACAAGCUUCAAGGACAGAUCUAAAGAUUCGAGCCACAGUUGGAUAUACGGAUAUUUUCUAUUUUCAGUUAUAAUAUAUAUAUGUGUAUAUAUAUAGUAUUCAUGUUCUGAUUAAUGUAAUUCUUGUAUAAAGAUCGUUCUAUAUAUUAAGCAAUAACAAUACCAUGAAGACGAACACAUUUCAAAUUGUAUUCCGAAUCAUCGAGGUCUUUAAACACCGGAAAAAUGUUGUGGUA